AUGCUAUCUCUUUCAGUCCCACAAUCCCAUGACGAGCUCGCUCCCCAUCGGGAGCUUCACCGUUUGCUCAACAAUGGCCAACUAGCCACCCCCGAGCACAGGGGUAUCUCCCCCCUAGAAGAGGCCCAAUCCGCUGAUCACGCGGAGCUGGACCUGGAGAGCCAAAUGCGGCUGUUGUGGGCUCGAGUACUCGCAAUCAACCCUGAUAGCGUUGGAAAACAUGAUGAUUUCUUCCAAUGCGGCGGUUCAGCCGCCAGUGCGCUUCACCUGAGUCAGAUCACAAGCGAUCAUGGGCUGCUCUUAACUGUGAAAGAUAUAUUUCAAGCUCCACGUCUAGCAGACCUAUCCGCUAGAGCUCGUUCAUUAACAGAAUCGACCGACCCUGACUCCAUCCAUCCUUUUUCAUUGCUGAAACCUUCCUUGGAUCAACGAGAAGCCCGCGCCCAUGCGGCCCAAUUGUGUCAUGUUAAGGAACCCCAAGUGCUGGACAUGUUCCCAUGCACGCCGCUACAGGAAGGAAUGUUGGCCCUCACGCGUAGCAAUUCCGAAAACUAUGUGCAACAAUCGAUCUAUGAGAUAGAUAGCGGUAUCGAUAUCGAACGACUCCGGGCGGCUUGGGACCAGGUAGCGGCAAUAAAUCCCAUCCUACGCACGCGGAUAGUGAGCCUGCCAUACCACGGCAUCAUGCAGGUUGUCCUUGACCAAGGCGUGGAGUGGAUAUUCGAACCUACCCUCGACCGGUAUCAGCAGCGAGCCACGCCCGAGGAGCUUCCGAUGGGCCUGGGCGACCCCCUUACCCGGUUUGCUAUAGUUAGUGGGGAUACUGGGCAGCCUCGCUUCUUCGUUUGGGAGAUACAUCACGCCCUGUAUGAUGGAUGGUCUUUGCCGUUAAUCCUGGGAGAUGUUGAGCAUGCCUAUUACCAGGAGGCCAGCCCUGAGCUCACACCCCUGACCCCAUUUAUCAAGUACAUCCAAGAACUUGAUCAAAUCUCUCUCCGCCGGUUUUGGACCGACCAGUUCGCUGGACUUCAAGGAACGGGGUUUCCCUGUGCAGGCGGAACAACCUGUAUAGAGCCAUCCCCAACCGUUCUAACAACGAUGAUGACCCUUCGCGUGUCCGAGCUAGAUUGGGGCUGCAGUGACUUCACACCCGCUACAAUCGUCCGCGCGGCGUGGGCGGUGGUGAUGGCGAGUCGCACUGAUUCCAAUGAGGCCCUAUACGGUGUGACAGUGACAGGCCGCCAGGCGGCAGUUCCGGGCAUAGAACGGAUGGCAGGUCCAACCAUCGCCACCGUUCCAGUUCGUGUGAAGGUCGAUUGGGCGAGGGGAGCCUACUCACUCUUGGAGGCGGUGCAGAGGCAGGCGGCCGACAUGAUUCCCUUCGAGCAGACAGGUCUACAGAACAUUCGACGCAUCAGUGAGGCGGCCGCGAUUGCCUGCCGCUUCCGUUCACUCCUAGUCAUCCAUCCCGCCCCAUCAGAGAAUCUUCAACCUCCAGAGAGGCCUUUCCUCGCUGAGGUUGCUCACCCGCCGAUGGAGGGCCGCGAGUGUAGUGGCAGAUAUGCCAUUGACAUCGAUUGCGAGCUGUCCUCUAACGGAGUUCGUGCAAAUAUGGAGUUCGAUACUCGUCUUAUCCGCAAGCCAGAAAUGAACCGCAUCGUCCAGGAGUUUGGGGAUGUUUUAAGGCACCUGGCGGGUAGCUCUCAUGGUCAGACGAGUCUAGCUGAUAUGGUUGCAUCAAUCUCAUCUCCUUCGACGGCAAGGAUAGCCGACAUCUUGCGGUGGAAUGCGCGCGUCCCUGAUCCCAUUGAAGAGUGCGUGCACCGCAAGAUCGAAGACAAGGCUCUAGAGUGCCCGCGAUCUCCGGCAAUACAUGCGUGGGACGGCGACCUGACGUAUCAGCAGUUCAUAGAGACCUCCACCAGACUUGCACUUCAGCUAGCCAGGAUGGGCAUAGCGGGAACCCUGGUACCACUGUUGUUUGAGAAGUCACUCUGGAUGCCGGUAGUGGUGCUCGCCGUGAUGAAGGCGGGUGGUACUUUAGUGGCUCUAGACAUGAAGCAGCCGAAAGAACGGCUCAUCCAGAUUGUAUCUCAGACCAAUUCACCAGUAUUAUUAUGCUCGGAGCAGAAUAAGGCUCUGGCCCAGAUGCUCGGGCGCCAGCAUUUUGAAGUUGGAUGGAGCAAUCACCACCAAGAUACCAAUAAUCAGCAACUGAUUGGGGAACUGCCCAUCGUUCAUCCCAGAGACCUGUUGUACAUCAUCUUCACCUCUGGAAGCACUGGUACACCAAAGGGGGUCCGUAUCACGCAUCGCAACUUCUGUACUGCCAUUGCACACCAACAAAAGGCGUUGCAGUACAGUGAAAAAUCAAGAGUGAUUGAUUUUGCCUCAUAUGCCUUCGAUGUCACCUGGUCCAACUUUUUCCUGGCCUUGACUGCAGGUGCAUGCAUAUGUAUCCCCUCUGCACAGGAACGCGAAAAUCAACUGGCCGACUGCUUAACUAAAUAUGAUAUCAACUUCAUGGACUCAACGCCCUCACUAGCCAGAGCCUUGGGCAAAGACGUACUGUCAAGGCUAACCACAUUGAUCCUGGGUGGAGAGGCGAUUCUACCGAGCGACGCCUGGUUAGCGGGUGACCAUACCCGGGUUAUCAACGCAUAUGGCCCUGCUGAGUGUACUCCGACAACCCUGCUGGCACCACUGGACGCAACUGGCGUUCGGAUUGGCCGAGGUGCCGGCGUGUGUACAUGGAUCGUGGAGGCAGACGACUCUCAGCAGCUGGCGCCGAUGGGCGCUGUUGGGGAACUGUGGCUCGAAGGGCCUCUCGUUGGUGAUGGGUAUCUUGACGAUGCUGAAAAAACCGCUGCCGCCUUUGUUCAGGACCCCAUCUGGUUAGUAAAGCAGGUUGGGAGGCAUGGGUGCGUCUACCGCACAGGAGAUCUGGUUCGAUAUGAAGCGGAUGGAUCAAUUGUCUUCGUCGGGCGGAAAGACCACCAGGUCAAGAUCAGAGGUCAGCGUGUCGAGUUAGGCGAGGUAGAAAGUGCCAUCCGCCAGCUUGUUCAGCAAGCUGUAGCUCAUGUUGUUGUCGAGGCCAUACAGCAGACUCCCGAAGCUACUGGUCUUACUUUGGUCGCUUUUUUGACCCUUCAAGAAGCCCAAACAAUGAGUGAGGCCACACACAGCACCGCCGUGAGGCAGAUCACUGACGGGCUCGCUGGUCGGCUAGAGGAACUAUUGCCCUCAUACAUGGUUCCAACCGUAUAUUUCCCACUACAGGAGAUGCCUGUGAUAGCCACUGGCAAGAUCGAUCGGAAGCGUCUAUGCGCAGUGGGCCAAUCCUUGUUAUUAAAAGCCCGUACUGAUAUCCAGGGAGAAGAUGAGAUUGAGAACCGGGAAAAGGAACCGUUAAGUGAAACGCAAACGAUAUUACAGAAAACUUGGAUGUCCGUUCUCAACCUGUCGCAGGAGGAAGCAUCGAUUGAUGUGCCAUUCGCCCGGUUGGGCGGAGACUCCAUUUCGGCCAUGCAAGUGGUAUCACAGUGCCGGAUGCACAACCUUCACUUGACUGUGAGCGACAUCCUGCAGGCACGCACGAUCAGGAACCUAGCCGUCUGCUGUCGGGUAGAUCAAUCUCAGGACCAUGCAUCGGUUGCCGAGCUCGAAGAUGAAGACCAUUUGUCUCCAUUCGCGUUGUCCCCAAUUCAGCGCAAUUUCUUUGAUACUUACCCUGACGGGCUAAACCACUAUAACCAAUCCUUUCUCUUGGAUCUCAAGGACCCUGUGUCUGUGGCCGCUCUUAAGACCGCUAUGGACGCAAUUGUUGCUCGUCACGCAAUGCUACGUGCACGUUUUGAGAAGAGCCCAGUCACGGAAGUUUGGAGGCAGAAGAUCGCUGAGAAUGGCGCAGAGUUAUUCGGAUUUGCCGAGCACUCGAUGACUGAUAAUGCAGCAGUCUGCACGGCAGCUCAAUGGCGACAAGAGAACCUAGACAUCCAGCAAGGUCCCGUCUUUGCUUGUGACCUGUUCAACCUCCCUAAUGGUAACCAGAUGAUCUUGCUGUCUGCGCAUCACUUGGUGAUGGACCUAGUAUCCUGGCGUAUCUUGUGGGCCGACCUAGAGGAUCACCUUCAACAUGGCGAACUCCGUUCUCCUCAGACACUAUCCUUCCAUUCCUGGUGUGCGCACCAAGCAGAGGUGGGCCGCACGCUGUCACCAUUGGCAGUGCUCCCGUACUCUAUACCCCAGCCUCAGUUAAGUUUCUGGGGUGUACCCCUGGAGGAUAAUACCUUUGGCCAAUGCGAGUCCGUAGAUGUGGCCUUUUCCCAGGAUACUAGCUCCAUGGUAUUUGGGAGAAGUAAUGAUAGUCUCCGGACCGAGGCUGUAGAUCUUAUUCUCAGCGCUCUAUUCCACGCGUUCGUCCAUACGUUCCCGGAGCGCUCUAUGCCCGCGAUCUGGAUUGAAGGCCAUGGACGUGAGCAGCCUUCCGACCGCCCAGUCGACAUCUCAGGGACUGUAGGAUGGUUUACUACGCUGUAUCCCCUCGCCGUUCCCAUCAGUUCGGAUCACUCCCUCGCCCUUGACGUUGUCCGACUUGUCAAAGACACACGUCGAAAGGUACCUGGCAAGGGGCAACCAUUUUCAGCUUGCCGAUAUCAUAGUGAAUCUGGCCGUCAAGCCUUCAAGGCUCAUGAUGUCCCGGAGCUCGUGUUUAACUUUUCAGGUCGGUUCCAGCAGCUCGAGAAAGAAAAUGGCAUUUUCAAUGCCUCGUCAUCGACCCCGGACAUGGAUGAUACGAUGCCCACGAUCACAGAAAUUUCUAAGUCAGCACGACGCCCUUCCAUGAUUGAUAUAGAAGCAGGUGUGGUUGACGGGGAGUUAAAAGUUUCAUUUAUCAUUCACAAAAUGAUGAACGGGGAUCGGCUACGAAAUUGGAUUAGCAACUUCAAACAGGAUCUAGAACUCCUAUCUCACAACCUGGCUCAAUCCCCGAUUGGGUUCACAUUGAGUGACUUACCUCUGCUCCCCAUAUCAUACCAGGGCCUCAACAACCUCCUUGAUCAGCAAAUCCCUCGAAUGGGAAUUAAAUCAGAAUCCAUUUUAGACGUCUAUCCAUGCUCACCUUUACAAGAAGGCAUGUUAAUAAGCGCGGCCAAGGGGGCUGGCUCGUACCAUACCCACACUAUCUGGCGUUGUGUGCCAGCUGAAGGAAGUGUUUGCCCCUUGCAACUGGAAAUGGCCUGGAAGAAAGUGGUCAGCAGGCAUACUGUUCUCUCUUCUGUCUUUGCUCUUCAUCCUGAGGGCAAUGGGUUCAUCCAGAUGGUGCUCGACGGACCGCCAAUUCGCGUGAAGCAGAUCACAACAGAGUCCGAUAGUCCAACCACGGCGUUACUAGAGAUGGACACUCCAGUAUUUACCGCUAAUGAGCCUCAACAUAUGCUAGCCAUCUGUCAAUCGAGUGUGACGGGAGAAGUGGCCUUUCGUCUUGAUAUGGAUCAUACCCUGAAUGACGCUCAAUCCGUAUCCAUCCUCCUAGAAGAGCUUGCAAAGGUUUAUGACGGCUCCGAAAUACUGCCAACUGCCCCGGCCUUAGUCGACAUCAUCCGUUAUAUUCAUAAAACCCCCAGAGCACAGACUACGGCCGCCUGGGUGAACCUCCUGGAUGGUAUAGAGCCGUGUAACUUUCCAGUGUCAUCGUCUUCGGCUACAGGACGAAUGUUGCGCGAAACCUUCAGCGAGAUAUCAGGCCCCACCCCGAUAUUUAAGGCCAAUAUCGUGGACUUCUGUAAAAAGGCAAGCAUCCUGCUUUCGUCUUUCCUGCAGGUGGCCUGGGCCAUGACCCUCUCCUACCAUACAGGCAUGCACCACGUUUGCUUUAGCUACCUGACCUCUGGCCGUGACGCUCCCGUUGCCGAGGUGGAGAGGAUGGUCGGGCCGUUGGCCAACCUGCUCAUCAGCAGAGUUGAUCUGGGUGCACCAGCAAGUCUAGUGCUUCGGACGGCCUCGGAGAGAACGGGAAAAAAUCUAGCCAUCCAAAAUGUGUCUAUAGCAGAGGUCCUCCACCGUCUUGGGCUCUCUGGAGAACGGCUCUUCAAUACAUCCCUUUCAAUUCGCUAUGCAGCUAAGGAUGAGGAAGGUCCGAAAAACGGGAUUUCGUUCCAAACCCUGGACAGUGAAGAUGAGCACGAGUAUGACUUAAAACUUAGCGUGUUGGUAGUCAGUGGCGGUCAAGCUGAUUUCUUGAUCGAGUAUCGUGAGCCUUAUGUCACGCAGCGGGUGGCUCAAGAGGUCUAUGAGACCCUUAGACAAGCGAUUGAUUAUCUUCUGUCCAUCGAUGUUGAUCUUACUGAUGAUGAUCCUGAAUUGGCGGCGAGCACCCUAGUCGUUGGUAGUGACAGCCGCGCGAAGUCAUCUUCACUCUUCGACCAAUUUUUCGCGCAAGCAGGCGGUGUCGAGAAGUCCAUUGCAGAGGACUUCUGGAAAGAUCAGUUCGCCGGUAUUCGAGCCGGCCACUUCCCCGAAGUGAAGCCAGCGGCAUCCUCUCAAAUAAAAUGUGACAACAAGGUACACCUGACCACAGAAGACCUCGAUCUGGCUGGAGGCAAUUUCGCGGUAGAUGUCAUAGUUAGGGCUGCAUGGGCACUCCUGACGGCUCGCGUCUCAUGCUCUGACGAGAGCUUGUUCGGGGCCAUUCUUCCAGGCAGUGGAGAGGCAGAACCGAUAUUCCCUAGCCGUAUAGUCCUUGAUUGGGGAAGCAGCAUUAGUUGCCUUCUACACAAGGUAGAGCAGCAAAUUUGCGAGAUGGCACCGUUCCAGCGGAUGCAUCUAGAGCAGAUAUCCCGCUUAUCAGACGAGGCUGCCCUGGCCUGCAAUUUCCAAACCCUGCUGAUAGUCCGUUCCCCUGGCGAUGAAGAGGACGAAGGCCAGCGAGAAUAUAACGCUGCCAAUAAAGUCGAGGAAAAAGGCUGGGAUAGAUAUGCAGUGGUGGUCGAAGUUCGCCUGGAGGAAAGCCUGGCCACGCACAUUAGCAUCAAGUUUGACUCUCAUAUCGUGGGCGCGGAUCGAGCUUCCCGACUUAUCCAUGAGCUCGAGCAUAUUCUCCGUCAAUUACUCGAUAUUGACCGGCGGCAGAGUAAGCUCAGCGACGUGACGGUGGCAAGUAAACGCGACCUCAACGAUAUCUGGACCUGGAAUGCCACACUACCGCCUACGAUUGAGGGCUGCAUCCAUGAUUUGAUACUUGAACAAGCUAUACAACGGCCACACUUCACCGCUAUCAGCGCAUGGGAUGGAGACCUUACAUAUGGCCAACUCCAUGAGCUGUCAUCCAAGCUAGCGCACCAGCUGCUCAUCAAGGGUAUCGGCAAGGGGAGUAUCGUUCCUCUUUGCUUUGAAAAGUCCAAAUGGAUGCCGGUCGCUGCACUUGCAGUUAUGAAGGCAGGGGGUGCGUCCGUGGCAGUCAAUACGGCACUCCCAGAGCAAAGAAUCCAGUCGAUCGUAACCCAGGUCUUCGCUGAUUCGAAGGUUAAGCUUCUACUGUCAUCUGUGCCAAACAGCACUCUCUGUCAGCGGCUGGGUGGUGAUGAAGUGUUGACUGUAGGGAGUGAUCUGUUUCUCCCUAUUGCCCCGAACACGCCUUCUCCCCAAUGGCCUACCGUCCACCCAUCAGACACCUUAUAUGUUGUGUUCACUUCCGGCACAAGCGGGAAUGCAAAAGGGGUCGUCAUCACCCACCAGAACUUUUAUAGCGCAAUUGCCUACCAGCGACAUCUUCUUGGGAUUGAUAGCAGCUCAAGGGUAUUUGAUUUUGCUUCGUAUGCGUUUGAUGUAGUCUGGCUAAACCUACUCAAAACGCUCACCGCGGGAGGUUGUCUUUGCAUUCCAUCCCAAGAGGAGCGCGAGAACGAUCUCGGUGCCUGUCUAGUCAAGUAUCAGGCAACAGUCGUUGAUCUAACGCCCUCUGUCGCGCGCAUCAUCGAGCCGAAAACUGUUCUUUCCAAGCUAUCUACCUUAAUCUUGGGAGGUGAAGCCGUCUCACCAAGCGACUUGGACCUGGUAGACGAAAGCACGCAGGUGGUGGUGGCCUAUGGUCCAGCUGAAUGUACCCCAACAAGUGCAAUCCUGCAGUUGACCAGACACUCAGAUGGAGGAGGAAUUGGCCAUGGGGCAGGUAUGUGCCCAUGGAUAGUUGAUCUUGAAAACCCCGAUGCACUUGCUGCGGUGGGCACCAUUGGCGAGCUUUGGCUUGAGGGACCCCUUGUUGGUUGUGGAUAUCUCAACAACCCUGAAAAGACUUCGAAGGCCUUCAUCCAGGACCCCGUGUGGCUUCGGUGUGGCUCUCCAGGUGGCGAGCAACCAGGUCGCCGAGGAACCCUCUAUCGCACUGGCGAUUUGGUGCGAUACAACGAGGACGGUUCGCUUGUCUUCCUUGGACGCCGGGACACGCAGGUCAAAAUCAGAGGCCAGCGUGUCGAACUGGGAGACAUCGAACAUCACGUCCGUUGCGCGAUAGUCGGCUCUGGAGCGGUUGACGGUACUGUGCAGGUCGUGGCCGAGCUCCUCCAGCUACCAGGGAUGAACGAUAGGUCUCUUGUGGCGUUCGUGAGUCUCGAGGGCGCCACCGUAGGUCGAGAAUCCGAAGAUUACAGCAGCUUCGUCCAGAAGACAAUGGCUGGUAUUAGGGAGCAGCUUGAACAGCUGUUGCCUCGCUAUAUGGUGCCGUCGGUAUAUAUACCGAUCCAAAACAUUCCAAUCUCGCCGACGGGCAAGACUGACCGACGGGAGCUACAUCGUAUCGGCGCCUCCUUCACCGUCCAGGGAGUUGCAUCUCUGUGCGGCUCAUCCGUCGACAAUCGGCGUCCGCCACAGACGAACACGGAGAAGUUGAUGCAGAGUCUCUGGGCGGAGGUUCUCCAGAUCGAUGACCUGGACCGUAUCAGCGCAAAUGAUAGCUUCUUCCGAAUCGGCGGCGACUCGAUUGCAGCUAUGCGAAUUGUAGCCAUGGCACGCUAUCAAGGCCUCGAAUUCACCGUCCGCGAUGUGUUCCAGUUUCCUGUCCUUUGCGAUCUCUGCAGUCGAUGCCAGGAAGAGUUGAAAAACUAG